AUGGCAAUUGAAAAGGAUGAGCUAUCUGAUGAUCCCCAGACAUUGGAAGAUUACGGCCUCAGUCGCUGCACCAGUUGGUAUCAGAAGUCUCAUCUCCUUGGGUUUUACAAAGGCCUGCUAUGGUACCGGAAAGUUGACGCUGGAGAGCUUGACCGCUGGCUGCGCGAAGGCUCUCUUGUCGUGAACAUUGUAAGAGAGUACAAUCGCAGGCCUAAGAGCAACAACCGCUUUGGUUAUUAUCCAUGGUUCCUUAAAAACAAGCACUUACUCGACAAGAGAAAGCCCCUCGGCGAGAACCACCAGGAGCAGGCUUUCCAAGGCUGGAUCAAGGAAGCAAAAUCUCACCUACCACUAGAAGAGCAAACACGGGACAUCGAAAAUAUGCUUGUCGGCGGCCGAGUGUCUGGCGGUUACGGCAAUUGCUCGCCCUCGAGGGCACAAACAACAUUCCUUGGCAGCUCCUUGGUGCGGCAAAUGACUACGGUCUCGCUGUGUCCGUGGACAGAUGGAAAACUGGGCUUCCGGAGGUUUAUCAGCAGGUGUUUUCUCGGGGUGAUCCAAUGGAAUUACAUGCCGCGCGUCUCCGAGGGAAGGCGCUUGAGUAUGUUGUGA